AUGGAGGAGUUGGACGUUUCAACAGUUUCUAAGUUGAAAACGUUAGGAGGUGAUGAAUCAGAUGAAGAAUCUGAUUUCCUUCCGUCUUUUACAAAACCCACACUUCCUUCAAUAUCGACGCUGGACGUAAUGAAUGAAUCAGCUGAUCUAUUGGAGGAUAAGGAGUGGUUAAUUCGAAAUAAGCGUAGAUCAUCGACCGUUUCUUCACUUCGAGAUCAAUCAGAACGUUUUAAUGAUCAAACUCUAGGAAGCAGAAGGGGGAGCUUCAAACUAAAUAAUGAUGAUAGGAUUAUCAAAAUGUGCGCUAUGGCUUGUGCAUGUACCUUUGGCAUAGGGAGCCAUUUUUUCGCUCAUAUUAUCGGUCCUAUGAAAGGAAUAUUAAUGGAGAAACUUAAUCUUACAAACACUCAAUUUUCACUAUUAGUUGCAUCAUUUACUUUAUGUAAUAGUGUGAUUCCAAUAGUUUCGGGAUUUCUUGUAGCUAAAUUUGGCACAACUCGAAGUUCUCUUGUUGUAACAUCCAUAAUUUUGAUUGGGACGAUUAUUGUAACAGCCGCGUGUUGGACUGGUAAAGUUGGAUUAAUGAUUUUUGGGUUUACAAUAUUUGGCAUGGGAUUGGCGCCUUUGACCAUCGUCCAAGAAACGAUAAUCGUUCAGUUUUUUCAUGGGAGCGGCUUGGGAUUUGCUUUAGCUGCUGGUAUGACUUUGGGAAGAUUAGCAUCCUUUCUCGCAACAAUAUUAGCUGUGCCAUUGUCUAUGGUGCCAUCUUUUGAAUAUCGUAUGCCUUUCCUUGUAGCUACAUUUACAUGUUUUUUAUCUUGGGUAAUGAACAUUGUAUAUAUAUGUCUUCUAAGGCACGCUAAGAAUAGAAAUAGCCGCACAAAAGAAGGGGCCGCAUUAUAUCAAGUAGUUGAAAAUAAAACGGUCCAUUGGAAUGCUAUAUUUACGCUUUCCGAUAUCUUUUGGUGGUUGUUAGUUGUAGGUUUAUUAUUCGGAUCUUGCAUGACACCAUUUCUCCAUUUAUCCAGUAAUAUAAUAAAACAUCGAUAUGAUACAACGGACUUAUUGGCUUCAUGGGAUGCGUCGAUAAUCAUGUUAAUGCCAGUGAUAGUUUAUCCAUUCUUGGGAUUAUUUUUAGAUAAAUAUGGACACCGCCUGAUGAUUUUAAUUUUUGGCUCGUUGGCGUUCUUGUUUACUUAUUUACUAUUGUUGGCACCUCCAAGUAUUGUUCAUCCGCUAUCACCGAUUUUCCUCUUUGCGAUUGCCUACUCUGUAGUCCCACUUACUACUAUUACACUUAUUCCGCUACUUACAAAACAUGUGUCCACUGGUCUUGGGCUCUUUAAAAGCGUAGACAAUAUUGGUGCUACAUUAUGCCAAACAAUAGCCGGCUUGUUGCUUGAUGCUCACGUAAAGAAAAAACAGUAUAUAAUAGAUGGAAAUGGUGUUGAAUUGGGUCAUGAAGAUGACGAUUUGGUUGCGUUAAAGAUGUUUGCAGUUUUAAGUUUAUUAUCUGUUGUGAGCUGUUGUAUAUUUUGGUGGGCGGACAAAAAGUAUAGAGGAGGGAGUCUCGAUUCAAUAAAUAGUGGUACUACUCACGAUCUCCACGAAAAUUACGGACAAUUACGCGAAACUGAAGAGAUAAACAGUGAAGGACGAAUACUCUCAAUGAGCAUGGUUGAUGAAACAGCUCUUUCAAAAACAGCAAUAUCAAAUAAGAAGAAAAGAAGUAUAAUAUAUAUGUGGAUAAUGGGCUUGAUGCUUGCUAUAUGCUGGAUUGUUUUUGGAGUGGUUGCUUAUGAGAAGGCUGGGGUACACGCCAAUGCUAGUGAGUAA